AUGUUUGCCUUUGCGAUCCGGACUUUUGUGGUCGCCCUUCUUGUGGCGGCCGACGCGGAGACCUGUGUGGAUGGCCAGUGUCCAGCUAGCCCAAGGACCGCUGGCGGCGUCUUUAUGCAGAUGCAGACCAAGCCAAAGCGAGCUCUGGUCGAGUCAAAGGAUGGGCCGCACAUCCUGCAUCAGUGCCCGGCGACGCAGGCCGGCGAGAGCUUCGGGAACGUGCAAACAUCGCAGGUGGAUGAGUGUUCGGGACUUGCGGCGAGCCGCGUGAACCGUGGCGUCUACUGGGUGAACAACGACUCCGGCGAUGGGCCGAAGCUGUAUGGCCUCACCCGUGAGGGAAAGCAUGUGGCACGGCUCCGAAUUGAAAACAGCCGGGCGAACGACUGGGAGGACGUGGCUAUCGGCCCAGGCCCAGAAGCCGGCAAGUCUUACAUCUACGUCGGAGACGUUGGCGACAACCGACGCCAGCGAGGCACGGUGCAGAUCUACCGCGUGGAAGAGCCCAAUAUCCCGAAUGGCCGUGGCCGAAACGACGAUAUCGUGGUGCGAGCCGAGAGGUUCGAUGUAACUUACCCAGAUGGCAUGAAGUACGAUUGCGAGGCUGUCUUCAUCGAUCAAGGCUUGGGCGCAGAGAAGCAUGGCACUGUCGGUCGCUUGUACUUGAUCACCAAGGGGGACGGUCGCAACAACGAUCCGCAGUGGCGCGGAGGCGACGUUUUUUACGUGGACCUUCCCGCGCGCGGUUCCCGAUUGAACUUCGUGAAAACCUCCGUGCGCAUCAAUGUCGAUUUCGCCACGGGCGCAGACAUCACUUCUCAGGGCAAUGUCAUUGCCAUCCGAUCUUAUGGCAACGUUCUGAUGUGGCCUCGGCCCUGCCAGUGGACGAUUGAAGACAGCAUGUCCCGGGACCCAUGCUAUGUGGACAAGAAGAACGAGAGGCAGGGGGAGGCCAUCGCGUUCGGCAAAGAUGGGGAUCACUACAUCACCAUCUCCGAAGGUAAGUACCAGCCGGUGUGGUGGUUUGCUAUGACGCGCAAGUUUCAGCAGGAGAUGAUGUCUUCGGUGGCACUUCUGGACAUCUCAGGACCCGGGCCAAAGGGCGCCCUGGUGCCUAUCGAGCCUCGCAUUGCCAACGUCUGCCCGGCCACCGGGGGAGCCGAAUGGAAGGGCAAAGUGUGGUCGAGACAGAUCAACGAGUGCUCUGGGUUGGCAGCCAGCAGAUUGAAGGACGAUGUCUAUUGGAUUAACAACGACUCUGGAGAUAGGCCGAGGCUCUAUGCCAUCAACUUGAGGGGGGACCACUUGGCGCGGAUCAAGGUCGUGAACGUGGAUUGGGCCAAUGACUGGGAGGAACUGCAGAUGGGCCGUGGGAAGACGCAAUGGCCGGAGUGGAAGGACAAAGAGGACUACCACGAUGGUUGGUCCUCUUCCACUUGGUCCAAGCAUGGAUGGUCCAAGGAUGGUGGCAAGGCCAAGCAGGCUGGAAAGGGAAAGGACAAGAAUGGGGCCGGGAGCUCGAGGGAGGAGCCGGCCUUCCCUUCCUUCGAGGCCAUGGUGGUUCCGAGCCAGGAUCGCAAAGAACAUGGCGGCCGCUCGACCACGGCAUCCUCGUCGACCGCCAAGCCUACGGCUGCCGACCUCGUGCAGGGCACCCAGAAGCUGGUGAACCAGUUGCGGAAGGCAGAGUCGAAGGUACGGCGUGGCGAGGAAGAGUUGGUUCACAUCAACGAGCAAUGGCGGCUCUUCCAGGAGAAGCUCAAGAAGGCCUUCCUGAAGGAAAGGGGACGCUACAUGGAGCUGGUCCGGAAGAACAAGGAGGAGCAGGAGGAGAACCUGGCAUGCCAGGAGAGUGCCCUCGCCGCCCUCCAGGACGUCCUCAAUGGUGGAGUGCUCCAGAAGCCCGCGAAGCAGGAGUUGCCGACGCCGGAGGAAGAGCAUGCUUGGGCGCUGAUCAUGGCCGAAGAGGAGACGCCCGACGAGGACAUGGGCAUUGCAGGUCUGCUGACGGGCGCCCUGAAUGGACAGGGCGAGAUCCGCAAGUCGGCAAGGCAGAAGAUGCUGCAGGCCAUCGCUGCUCGAAGGGAGGCCCUACGACGAGACCAUGGACCAGUGACCCCGCCGAGCAAGGGUACGAGAGCCCCGGCUAUGUCCCCACCUGCGGCGGAACGGCCAGUGGCGAGCGAUGGUGGAAUGGCCACGCCAGCUGGUGGAGAGACGGCUGCCACGUACAGUGGGGAUGGGCAGCUGAUGAAGGACCCCUAUCUGACCUCCCCGUCGGCUAUGAGGGCGCCGACACCGACGACGAGGCAGCGGUCACGUUCGCAUGCAAACGGACCACGGGUCAGUGUCAAAUCCCACCUGACCCUGAAGCCAGGGACACUGGCCAAGAAGCUCGCCGAGAGGCGAGAGGCAGCAGCUCGGGCUGGUGCCAGAGCUGUCAUCAAUGUGGAAGAGGCCGAGGACGAAGAGAACGACCUGAUUGCGGACCUCGGGGCCAAGGAGGACGACCUCGACGAGGUGUACGGUGGUGUGCGGGGAUCACUGCUGUACUGGAUGCUAGCGGUGCUGCUGAAGCCCGGCACGGCCCUUCGGGAGGCCACGACCGAGGCGACGCAGCUGACCCCACCGAUGUUUUGGGCCCUCAAGGCCGACGAGAUUCUCUAUGGUCUGCACAACGACUUGGCCCGGAUUUGCCGGGGCUUUGGGGUCACCCUUCUCUGGAUCAGCCUCGUGGGGCUAAUUGCUCUGUGCCGCUCGGGCAUGAAAGGCCGGCGAGGUCGCUCUGCCUAUGCCCGCUACGGAAUGGUGUGGGGAGCCGCGCUGGCUCUGAAAGGUGCGGCUGCUAUGCCGAGCCAGCCAAGGCCCAUGCUAGCCUCGGGAGUGCCGAGGCCCACUGAUCUCGAGCUGUGGGCGGCUGGGCUCUUGACCCCACAUGAGCAGCUGCUAGAGGCAGAAGCACAAUGGGCCCUUGGGAGACCGCUCGAACAUGGAGCUGGUGAAGCACGGCUGCCCACCUAUGCGAUACCCGCAGAAGAGACCAUCCCUGACUUUGCGGCGGUGGAUAUAGCGAGGGUGCAUGCUACCUGCUGGAUUGCCACCCCCUUUUACGAGGCCGAGAUUGUCGAUCUCGAGCUCCACUUCCCGACAACGGUCGACAGGAUCACCCAGGCGGUCCGAGAUUCUACCAGGGAGCUCCCGGACUACGCCGAUGAUGUUUUCCCCACUGUUCCACAGCUAGGGAGCUUCUAUGCGAGUUUUGUGGCUGUGCCGAGGUGGGUGAGAGAAACUGACAAAGUGGUUCAGGUUGUGGACGCUACGGAUGUCGGUGGCGGGAUCUUUGCGGCAUACCUGGACAAGCCGGUGACCAGGCAGUCGGUCCUGCUCAACAUGAUUGAAGAGUGGCCUGAGGGAUUUAGAGCGUUUUCCUACGGUGGGGACCGCCCGUGGAGAAGCAACCUGGAGUACGUCCCCGUGCAGGGAGGAGUCCUCAAGAUUGUGCGCCCUGGUGGUGCACCGAGAUGGGCUGAUGAGCUCCACGUCCGGACAGGGGACCCUACCCGCUGGAAUCCGGACGUGCCACUUCCCGCUCCGGUUGCGGGCCUCCACACGGUUUACCAAUCGGCGGACGACCAAGUGUUGGAGGAAAUAGCCUCGGACGAUGAACGUCCUCUGGAGGUGGCGGCCGAGGAAGCCCUUAACUACGAGCACGGCGAGGUCUGGAUCGUGACACCGACCGAGAGGAUUGGCCAACUCUCGCACCGAGGACGCCGGGUCUGGGGCCAAAUUGCGGUUCUGGAUGGUGUCGAACAGCACACCCCCAACGAGCCAGUGAUCUUCACAGACCUUCGAGGGCUUGGUCUUUUUCCACAGUGGACACAGCUCAGUGGCUCCACUUUCAGGCCCCUCGACUACUAUGACACCCUCGGCAUGCCGGACCUUGCUGGAUGGGCUGUGAUGGUCGAAGGAGGAGAACCUCACGCUGACGGGGCCACCAUCACGGUGCAGCCUGGUGAGGUGUUGGCCUUCCACCUCAAGAAGGAUGAGGCAGACAGCGAUGAGGACAUGCCGGGGGACGAUGGAGAUGGUGACUCCUCUGGCUCCGGUACGGAUGACUCCUCGGAUGGCACGGAUGCCCUGCCGGACUCUAGUGAGAUGGGGUCUCCACAUCAGCCGGUGCCAGGAGAACCACCCAGAGGGCCGCCGAGACCAGAGCCGGUGAACCGGCCACGAAGCCGAUCCCCCAGGAGGCGGGCUUUUGAUCCCGGUGCGAUGGGGCCGGCACUUGAGCUGGCCAACAUGCUGCCACCGCCUACUUUUGACUUGGGGCUCCAGUCUGUGCAGCUCCCCCUGGCGCAGGAGGAUCUACAACAAUGCAUGGGGUGGGUGUGGGAUACAGAAUGGAUGGCCCCACUCCCUUCCUCUUUGGAGUACAAGCCUCCUACAGUUGAGGCCCUGCGCGACAUGAAGCACUGGAGUGAUGUCCUCCUCAAUGAUGCUGGGCCUGCUGAGGUGGAGGUGCACCUUUACUCGGAUGGCUCCUGGCUUGCAGAACAGAGCCUUGGUGGUUACGCUGUGGCCGUCAUAGUUGCAGUUGCCGGGGCCCAGGCCUUAAUGGGUGCUUGGGGAGAGCGCACCCAUGGAGGAGCGGACACUACUUGGGAUGCUGACACCCCUCCGGCUCUCCACAACGAGCAGGUCGCUCUGGCGACUGGCCUUCUGUGGAUCUUACAGAGCCGUGCUUUCCUCGCUGCGGGCCGCUAUGUCCUGCACUAUGACUGCAUGGUUGCGGGCAAGGCCGUUGACGGAGCAUGGAAGACGGUGAAUGACCUGGGUGAGCGUAGCAGGUUGCUUGAGAUGUAUUUGCAGGAGAUCAUCAGAGCACCUAUUGAGGCGGUGCAUGUGAAAGCCCACCGGGGUGACCCCCUCAAUGAGCUUGUGGAUGUGUUGUCCAAGGAGGUUGCAGCGGGACAUGUCUCACUACCCGCACCUCCCCGAGAGAACUGCUCCUGUUUCCUGGGCGCGGAUAUGUCUUGGCUGGCAACUGCCCACCAUGCAAGGGCCUGCGGCACCCUGCCCAUUGAUCCGCAGGGGCGACUGUGUUGGUCCAAUGCAGAGCCGGCAGAGCCAUCGUGUGUGCAGCCCGGAGACAUCAUCCCCGUCAAGAUGGACGCAGCGAAGGCUGGGGAAUGCAAGACUGCUUUCGAGCUCAAGGCCUUCUCCCUGAAUGCGCAGAGCCUGCGGGGCAAACACAAGUACUUUGAGAGCCAGCUGAUGGAGGCUGGCUGCCACGUGGCCCUAUUCCAGGAGGCCAAGGGCCAAGCAGGUGUGUGUGAGAGCAAGAACUUUCUCAGGUUUUCCACACAAGGCUGCUCUCACUGGGGUGUUUCAAUCUGGAUCAACAAGGCCCUUGGCAUAUGUUGCCAUGCUGGGAAGCCUUAUGUGAUCUCAGAAGAUGACGUGAGGGUCAUCGAGGAAAGCCCUAGGCUGCUGGUUCUUGCAGUGGACCUCGGCGGCCGCACAAUACUCUUAGUGUCGGGGCAUGCUCCCCACGCUACCAGAGCAGAGGAAGCCGCGGACUUCUUUGAGAUGCUAUGGAGGGGUCUGCGGCCCUACGCCAAAGCCAGCUUGAUCGUGAUGGGGGUGGACUUGAAUGGGCGCAUCCCCCUUGAUGUCCCAGGCAUCACCGGGACGAGGAGGUGUGGGGACCCGGACAAGAUCGGCGAAGCGAUGCUGGCUGUGGCUCGAAAGGGCCAUUUGUGGUUUCCGUCUACCUUUGACGUCUUCCACGAAGGGACGGAUAUCACUUACAGGAUGGCCGGGCGCGAAGGUGGCAGUGAGCAUAGGAUCGACUAUCUCAUCUUAGGAGGUGUUGCUGCCAUCCAGGAGAUCCGCAGCUGGGUGGCCGAGGACUACGACACCAUGGCACCCAACGAGGAUCACGAGGCCGUCAUGAUUGACUUUGCAGGUUUGCUGGAUGGGGAGCCCUGCCGGUCAAGGAUCUGGCGGCCGAAGUAUGACGUUGACAAGCUCCUGACCCCCGACGGCAGGCGCGUUGUGGAGGCUGCGAUGUGGGAAUAUGCCCCGCCUGCUUGGACAGUCCACCCCACGGACCACUACGAGCAUUUUCGGCAGUUUGUGCACAGGCUGCUGGAGGCACACUUCGCGCUUCCGGUUGACAAGCCCAGGUCUGACUACAUCUCCGAUAAGGUUUGGAUGCUCAGGAAGGCCAAGAUCCAGCUUAAGCAGCGGGCCAGACACCGGAAAGGGCUCUGGAGGGAUGUGGCUGAUCGAGCCUUCCUCCAGUGGGCGACUGGAGCGGAUUACUCGGUUGCUCUCCUUGUCGAGCGCCACGCCCUCCUCUACGAGCUGGUGGCGGCCGCGGUCCAGUUUGCCACUGCAAGGAUCAAGAAGGGCGUCUCCCAGGAUAAGGCCAGAUACUUGAGAGACCUGGCCCUCUCUUCCGGGGACGCGUUCCAGGAUGUGGUCAAGGCAGCCAAAAAGGCUGGUGUUGGAGGGCGAACGGCCCGCACCCCAUGGCGGCCGAUGCCGGCCCUCAAGGACGCCCGUGGUUGUGUCGCGGCCACGCGUGCGGACAAGGACAAAGUCUGGUUGGCGCACUUUGGAGCACAGGAGUGUGGAAAGGUGGUGCCGACUACAGAGCUCAUUGCCGGGGAUACUCUGACCAUCUCCACUGAGGAAGACUGGGAGUGGCAUCACAGCGAUCUUCCUACAAUCCUGGAACUGGAGACAGCAAUGAGGCGAGCACCACGCAAGAAAGCUGUAGGCCUGGACGGGGUCCCUGGCGAGCUGCUGCUCUCCUGUCCGCCGGCGGUAGCUCGAGCGCUGUAUGCGCUUGUGGCCAAGACCACAAUGAAGAUGUGCCAGCCACUGCACUGGCGAGGAGGCAUCUUGCAGGAAAUGUGGAAGAGAACGGGGUCAAUUUCCAAUGUGGAGAGCUACCGUUCGUUGUAUAUUUCUUCGCUCCCAGCCAAGUGCUUUCACCGCCUUCUACGGGAUCGUGCAGGACCGUGGGUCGAGACAGCCCUUCACCCUUUCCAGAUGGGGGCGAGGAAGUGUGCGCCAGUGCUAUUGCCUGCGCUUUACAUCCAGGCUUUCUUGCGCUGGGCCAAGGGACUCCACCACAGCGUCGCGAUCAUCUUUGUGGACUUCCAGAGUGCCUACUACCGUGUGAUCCGCGAGCUAGCAGUUGGUGGCAUUGAGCCGGAGAGCGACGAGGCUGUGGCACGAGUCUUUCAGACCUUCGGCCUCCCCCCAGAGGACACCCACCUGCUCUACCUCACGGUCAAGGAUGGGGGCAUGAUGGGAGAUGCAGGAGCUCCGCCGGGGCUACGUCACCUGGCCAAGGAUAUGAUGUUCCGUUCCUGGUUCGUCACGCGACAUGGCAGUGGAGAACAGGUUAACGUGACAAGGGCUGGUUCCCGCCCAGGGUCCAGCUGGGCCGACAUCAUUUAUGCCUUUGUGCUGGGAAGGCUCCUGGCUAUGCUGCAUGAGCAUGCCGUUGCGGAGGACCUCCUAACAACUUUCCCGGUCAAUGUGGAGUAUGGCCGGAGGAUCGGAGAGUUGCUGGUGGAGUUUUCCCUGGGGCAUGGGAUGCUCCCCAACCUGCGACCCAAAAAGACGGCGGUCAUCUUGGCCCUUCGGGGCAAGGGUGCCCAACAGGUCCGGCGUGAGAACUUUACGCGAGGACGAAGUGCUAUCCCCUUGCCGGAGCUUGGCCUUGAGGUCCAGGUUGCUCCUUCCUAUGUGCACCUGGGUGGCCUUGUGGAGCCAGAGAUGCGGAUGAUGGCGGAGGCCAGGAGACGAUUGGGGAUAGCGCAGGCUGCCUUUGAUGCUGGCAAGGCGCUGCUGUACUGCAAUGGCACCAUUCCCCUGGACGUCAGAGCCUCCCUUUUUCGAAUGUCCGUCACCGGGACGUGCUUCAACCUGGCCCUGUGGGUGCCCAAGGGCAAAGGCUGGGAGCUACUCCAGAGUGGGUUCACCCGUAUCCUGAAAGGGCUCUUGUCGCGUGCCUACAAGGGUGAUGCCUACUACAAGUUGGCGGCACCCGCGGUUCACAUCCUCACCGGCACGCCGUGUUUGGCGACACAGGCAAGGCGGGCCAGGAUCAGCCUGCUUAUUUCCAUGUGUCGGACAGCCCCUCCGGUCCUGUGGGCUGUGCUCCAACAUGAAAGGGAAUGGCUGGACACAGUGAAAGGCGAUCUCGAGUGGCUGCGGGGGUCGUCAGAUGAAUGGCCGGGCAUGGGCAGUGCCCACUGGCCUGAAUGGCACAACAUCCUGACCAAGGCGACUCCUUGGGUCAAGAGGCAGCUUGCCAAAAGGGAGAAGGCCGACUUCGCUGCAUUUCGAGACCACCAGAUUGUGAACCUAGCCCUUUGGGGCCUCUACAGGCGGGCGUGCGCCCUUCUCCCUCAGGUGGCAUGCGCUACGACGCCGUGGUAUUGCCGGAUGUGCAGCCGGACUUUGCGCACGAAGGCUGCCCUUGGUGCCCACUUCUUUAAGGUGCACAAACGAAAGGCGGCCUACAGAAGGUAUGGAGGAGGCACAGUAUGCCGAGCCUGCCAGCGCAACUUCUGGGCUCGUACGAAACUCAUGAUCCACCUGCGGGACUCGCCUAGGUGUGUGGCGGUGCUGGCUGGGCUAGGGCCCGCUCGAGACCCCUUCCUCCCAGGACUUGGAAGCAGAGGAUGGAGGGCAGCGGCGGACGAGGACUACACCCCAGCUCUUCCACUGCCAGGCGAGGCACCAGCUCGAGGAGGUGGAGAACUACGAUGGCCGGAGGAGAUGCGGAUGGCCUACAAGGAGGCCUGCGACAGCCUCCUUGAUGCCGAGGGCCCUAACACCCUGGAAGCAUUCCGCGAGCGUGUCCUCCGUGUCCUUGGGAACUACCCCCUCUACUAUGAGGAGGCCUUUGAGAUCAUUGAGGUGCUGAUCCAUGAUGUUGCUGUGAUCUGUGACAAUGGUCUCAACGACUACUGGACCAAGGAGGAGGUGGACAGACUCGUUUCAGCGAUGAAGUCCGUCACACCGGAGGUGUGGACAGCUGGAGCUGACCAGGCCACUACAUGUCCUCCUACGGCUUCGCUGAGCUCUUUCGCGGAGCUCCUCGAGGGUUUUGAAUGGGACAGUGUUCUGCCCUCGCCUACCUCGCAGCACGAGACCUAUGACGGCAUCUUAGUGAUCCUGGACGAAAGCUGGAAAGUUGCGUGGCUUCGGUCCAGUGAGAUGCUCGAUUGCGCAACCGUGUUAGAUGACUUUUGGAGCCUUUUACCGGAGCAGCUGCGUGGUGCAUGGGAUGAACUCCUAAAAGGGAGAGAGCCCACGAUACAGGCCAUGUUCGUGGAUCAGCUUAGCAAUGGCCGGGUCUAUGUCAUCACCAAGGGCGACAAUCGAAACUCCGACCCACGGUGGCGAGGCGGGGACCUGUUCUACAUCGACCUCCCUGCCGAGCCGGCUUCUGACCUGACUUUCCAGGAGACAGGCAUCCACAUUCCAGUGGAGUGGGCGACCGGAGCAGACAUGACUCCAAAUGGCGGAAUCAUUUCCAUCCGAUCCUACGGUAACGUGCUGAUGUGGCCACGGAAUUCCUGGGAGUCGGUGGAGCAGAGCAUGGCGAAAGAUGCCUGCUUUGUCAACAAGGCAAAUGAGCGACAGGGAGAAGCUAUUGCCUUCGGAAAGAAUGGCGACCACUACAUCACAGUCAGCGAGGGCAGGUACCCACCUGUGUGGUAUUUCAGCCUCUCGGGCAACUAUCAGCAGGCACUGGCCACUUCCAUGGCCACUGAGUGA